AUGAGACGAGCGACCGUCUUCUCCAAUAAGCCCGGAUCCACCGCUAGCUCAAGGGUAUUCAUCUAUUUAGGUCUAGCGGUCAUCGCUUUCCUACUCUUGUACCAACUGCGUCUGAACCACGACUCGCUGCGUUCCAUCACGUCUUGGAAAGUCGGAUCAGCCGCCAUUACGACUUAUGAUCCCGAUACUGGUGAUGAUGCAGGUGACUGGGUUUCAGCCGCUUUGAAUAGUACUGUGCAGUCGAAGACUAGUGCCAUGCAGCAAGUGAACCCAACAAGAAAGCCAGUUGCAGACGCGCUUGCAGACGGAUCUAUACCCACACCGGAUUAUUCGGCUAUACCUAUUUUGCCUACACCGAAUGAAAAGGAACUCGUAAUUGCCGCUAUGCGCAAGAGUGAUAUGUCCUGGGUCAAGGACUUUGUAUCUCCGGAUUGGAUUUUGAAUAUUUUUCGGGCUGAUAUACCGGCCGGCGAAGCUGAAUUCACGGUUCCGGAAAACAAAGGCAAUGAAGCCAUGGUCUAUCUCACAUACAUUAUUGAUCGAUACGGUACCCUUCCCGACGUAACGCUCUUCGUACAUGGCGGGAGAUACCAAUGGCACAACGACAAUCCUCUCUAUGAUUCCGUCAUCUCAAUAAACGCCCUCCAGAUAGACCACGUCCGCAAUACCGGCUACGUCAACCUGCGUUGCUCCUGGAUGAUCGGCUGUCCAGCUGAACUCGAACCCGCCCGCUAUCUCCGCGAAAGUCCUGACGACCAGAGCCAUCCCACCGCCAUGGAAUUUCCCCAUAGCUUCAUGGAACUUUUCCCGGGCACCGAAGUUCCAGAGCUUGUUGGCGUUCCAUGCUGCAGUCAGUUUGCAGUAUCUCGAGAGACGAUUCGCGCGCGCGGGAAAGAGGAUUAUGUCCACAUGCGAGACUGGUUGCUUGCAUCACCAUUAGAUGCGAGUACCAGUGGGCGUAUUUUUGAGUAUUCAUGGCAUAUUAUGUUUGGCAAAACGUCGCAGUUCUGUGUUGAUCCUGCUGGGUGUUACUGUAAUAUCUAUGGGUAUUGUAAUAUGACAGAGGAUGAACUGAGAAACCAAUGGGUUUUCAAAGGGGUGACCCUUCCGGAAGGUUGGCCUGCAAAGGGUUGGCCAGAGCCAGAGCCACAGCCACAGAACUAA